AUGAUAGCGGGCUUUGGCGGAUUCGGUCAGAGCAACAACAACAACUCCGGCACCACCAGUUUUGGCGGGUUCGGUGCUAAACCGGCUGGACAGACAGGAUCUCUCUUUGGAGCUGCUCCUGCCCAACCCCCUGCUAGUGGCGGUGGCCUCUUUGGUUCCAACCCCGCACCAUCGACAUCGACUGGCGGUGGACUCUUUGGUAGUACUGCUCCUGCAUCUUCAACUCCCGCUGCCCCUGCUGCCCCCGCCUCUGGAGGAGGAUUGUUUGGUGGAUUCGGUCAGCAACCCGCGGCAGGCUCAACUACACCCGCAUCCAAGCCUUCUUUCGGUGGAUUUGGCAGUACAACUCCCGCUGCUGCCCCUCCUGCUGCCCCUGCUGGCGGAUCCCUUUUCGGUGGCGCUUCGGCUGCUGGUGGAGGAGGGCUGUUUGGAGCGAAGCCUGCCGCCCCUGCCGGUGGAUCUGCCCCCGCAAGCUCGGGCUUCAGCUUUGGAGCCAAGCCUGCUGAAUCUUCUGCCCCUGCUGCUCCCAGUGGAGGUCUCUUUGGUGCUCAGCCCGCUCAGACUUCCGCUUCCGCUCCUGGAGCUCCCUCAGGAGGUGGUCUCUUUGGAGGAUUUGGUGCUAAGCCUGCGGCUUCUUCAGCUCCCGCUGCUCCAGCUACUGGUGGUGGGCUCUUUGGUGCGGCCCCUUCAUCUUCUACCCCCGCUCCCGCCACAUCUGCUCCUAGUGGUGGUUUGUUUGGUUCUACUCCUGCUCCUCCUUCCGGAGGAGGUCUGUUUGGCGCUAAGCCUGCUGCCCCUGCUGCUCCUACCGGGGGGCUGUUUGGUGCCAAACCCGCUGAAGGUUCCACCCCCUCUUCAACCCCUGCGGCUCCGUCCGGUGGACUCUUUGGCUCGGCACCCGCUGCGGCACCUGCUCCUACUGCCGGUGGACUGUUUGGCGCUAAACCUGCUGCUCCGACCCCUGCUCCGGCCGCGCCUCCAGCUAGUGGCGGCUUGUUCUCUGGUUUCGGUGCCCCCAAAACUGACGCCCCUGCUCCCGCUCCAGCUGCUCCCAAGCCUGCAGGAGGCUUUUCGUUCGGUGCGCCCGCCGCGGCGCCCUCUGCGGAAAAGACAGAGGCGCCCAAGCCUGCCGGUGGACUCUUCGGUACUGCCCCUACACCCGCCGCGGCUGAGAAGAAGGACGAAGCUCCCAAAGCCCCUGCUGGUGGUCUGUUUGCCGGUUUCGGUAGUGCUCCUGCUGCUGGAGAGAAAAAGGACGAAGCGCCCAAGCCUGCUGCACCUGGAGGUUUAUUUGGUGGCUUCGGUGGUGCGCCCAAGGAAGGGGAGAAGAAGGACGCGCCCGCUCCUGCGGCGGGGGGUCUGUUUGGUAGCAAGCCUGUUGAGCCUGCUGCUGCCCCGGCUCCAGCAUCGGGCGGACUUUUCGGCGCCAAGCCAGCGUCGUCCACUCCUGCGCCUGCUGCUGGCACUCCCUCCGUCCCUGCCCCUGCCGCUGGCUCAACAACAGCCCCAGCUUCGAAAGAAAAGCCUUCCGAGUCCGCGCCCAACCUUCUUCGCGGCAAGACACUUGAGGACAUCGUUGAGAGCUGGGACAGGGAUUUGGAAGAGCAGGUUAAGGAGUUUGAGAGGCAAGCUGGAGAGGUCAGGGAGUGGGACAAGGUCCUGGUCAGGAAUGGUACCCAAAUCACAAAUCUCCGCCAGAACCUUCUUCAGGCUCAACAAACGCAAGCAGCUGUCGACGAGCCCUUGGCUUACUUUGAAGCUCAACAGACCCAGCUCGAGCAGGUUUUGGACAUGUACGAGAGGGAGGUUCAGAAGGCAAACAGUGGUGGUGCUGGAGGAGAAGGCGGUGGUGUCAGAGUUGGAAAGAUGCCAGCUGAGAGGGAACGUGAAAAGGCUUAUACACUCGCCGAAGAUCUCAACAAGCAACUCGAUGACAUCUCACGCAACUUGUCUCAAAUGAUCGAACAAGUGAACACACUUUCCUCCCCAUCAUCUUCCGCUCCUCCUACUUCUGCUUCUCUCGCGUCUUCUGUUGCGGGUGGCCGUCCAGGAACACCUUCGCAGGGACAAGCUGCCCAAGCAGCUUCGCAAGCUCAAAUGCCAGACGACCCAAUCAACCAACUGUCGGCGAUUUUGGGUGCGCACCUGAGAGCAUUGGGAAGUAUCGAUGGGGGUGUAGGCAGGUUGGGAGAGAAGAUUGGAGAGUUGGAAGGUCGCAACUCGUCGGCAGGCGGGCAGAAGAGCGCUUUCGGGGGUCGAGGAUUCAGGAGAUAA